AUGCCUUCCCAGCAAUCGAUCAAAGCGGGAGACCGCACUAUCAAGCUCAACACUUGGCAAUUCAUCGGCAAUGAAUGGAAGGAAGCUGUUGGCAAAUCGACUUUCGGUAUCGAGAAUCCUUCUACCGGCGAAGAGGUCAUUCAAGUAUCAGAAGGAAAGGCCGAAGAUGUCGACAUCGCCGUCAAGACCGCCCGGAAGACAUUCAAGGAUCCCGCAUACAAGGAGAUGAACCCGACAGACAGGUCGGCCAUUCUUCAGAAGCUUGCCGAUCUGAUGCAGGAGAACUUCGAUGACUUGGUCGCGCUGGAGAUGCUGGAUACUGGCAAGACACACAAGCAGUGCUCGAACCUGGACGUGCCAGCCUCGAUAGGCACGCUGAGAUAUUACGCCGGGUGGGCGGACAAGGUCCUUGGCCUGUCAUCCUUCAACAUUCCCAAGACGUUCGCAUAUACUAAGCGCGAGCCCGUCGGCGUGUGCGGUCAGAUCAUCCCCUGGAACUUCCCACUGCUCAUGUUCACUUGGAAGAUCGCCCCAGCUUUCGCCUGCGGCAACACAGUCGUGAUCAAGUCGGCAGAAGCUACACCACUUUCCGCACUCUACAUGUGUGACCUGAUUGUCAAGGCAGGUUUCCCGGCAGGUUCGAUCAACUUGAUCACCGGCUACGGAAAGAAUGCUGGUGCUGCCAUUGCUUCUCAUAUGGAUGUCAACAAGGUCGCUUUCACUGGCUCAACGGUUACCGGACGAUCAAUUUUGAAAGCCGCGGCCAGCUCGAAUCUCAAGAAGGUGACACUGGAGCUGGGAGGCAAAAGAAACAUCAUCUUCCCGGAUGCCGAUCUCAAGAAGGCGAUCGAAUGGUCAAUCUGGGGCAUCAACAUGAACUUUGGCCAGACUUGCCACGCCGGAACGCGCAUCUACGUGCACGAGGAUGUCUACGAUGAGUUCCUCGAGCUCUACACGGCGCGUAUGAAGAAAAUGGUGGUUGGUGACAACUUUGACAAGAACAACACGCAAGGCCCACAGAACUCGAAGAUGCAGUAUGAGAAAAUUCUCGGCUAUAUUGACUCUGGCAAGAGUGAUGGUGCUACUGUCCACCUGGGCGGCAACGCCAUCAAGGGCAAGGACGGCUCGAAGGGAUACUUCAUCGAGCCAACUAUCUUCACGAAUGUUACAGCCAAUAUGAAGAUCAUGCGCGAGGAGAUCUUUGGACCUGUUGUUGCGAUUGCUAAGUUCAAGACCGAGGAGGAGGUUAUUGAGAUGGCCAACGAUACCACUUACGGUCUUGCUGCUGGUGUUCACACAAAGGACUACGAAAGAGCUAUUCGCGUGACUAGUGCUCUGGAAGCUGGCACGACUUGGGUCAAUAUGUACAACUUCGUGCAUUGGUCGAUCCCCUUCGGCGGAUAUAAGGAGAGCGGUAUCGGUCGUGAGUGCGGCGAGGCAGCGCUGGAGAACUACACAGAAGUCAAGGCGGUAUACUUUAACAUGGGGAUGAGAGCGCCAGAUGCCCUUGACGAUUGA